ACCACAAGAUGUCACUACGUGGUGUGAACUUUUGACAUGAACUUUAUACAAAGUUUUUAGUAUAACUUAACCAAAAUACUUUACAUUUUUGUGUAAUGAGUGUGUAAAUAAUAUGUGAAUAUUGUUUAAACUGCAAUCAAAUUGUAAUAUAGCUUAUGUGAUGUUAAAGUAAUGUUCAACUUUCAAAGUAUGUAUCGUGUUUCAUCUGAUUAAUGCAUCUAUUAUAAAAACGAAGAAAUUCCUAGGAUUAUGGUAACAGGUAAAAAAGAGGGACAUUUUAAAUAGGAGAAAUGGUAUACGAUGGCGGAGUUCCUGCCCCUUUGCGACGUACUGUUCAACGUUAUAUCUCUAGCCGGCUACUUCUGCGAUGUGGUUUUCGACGUGGUCAUGGGAUAUGCUCUUCUCGAGCGUGGUUAUAAAUGUACGUUUGCGGCUACCAUAUCUAUAGUCGUGACGUCAUUGUUAAUAUCACAGGUGCUGUCUCUCCGUUGGUACUUACACGUGUGGUGGGCGGGGGAGGGGCGCAAGGGCCGGCAGCCCUGGCUGCCCAUUAUGCUUCACUGCCUGCAGGUGGGAGUGCUGUGGCGAUACGCACGUUUACUAGUGCCAGUCGAACUCAGGCGGGUUAAACAUCAAGUACGAGAUCUUUGUAUGCUUCGGUUGGUGCAUGCGUUCUGCGAGGCGGCUCCCAUGCUGCUACUGCAGUUGCACAUCCUGUUUAAAGACACCAGCCACGAGCCGCUCGGGGAACUUGGCGUAACACCUGAGCCGAGUAUAGAUGAACCUUCAGCAAACAGAGCGUUUGCUGAAUUAAACGUUAUAUCAGCAUCGCUGUCGCUGUUCUCCGUGUGCUGGGCGCUCGCCAGCUUCAGUAAGAACGUUCGGCUGCAGAAUGUCCAUAGGCUCGUCCUCACCUGGCUCGGUGUUAUCUUCCAGUUCCUUUGGAGGUUAGGAACCAUCUCGGCAAGAAUUUGCGCUCUCACCGUGUACGCUCUAGUCUAUGAAUAUUGGGUGUUUUUAGUUAUAGGUCUGCACUGGGUGUCGAUGUUCCUGUGGCUGCUGUCGCCGCGCAACGUGUUCCACGGCGAGCGCAUCAGCCGCCCGCGCAAGGCCUACCUCUCCGCGCUCAUCGCAUUCGUCUACGUCUUCGCGUACAUCAACCUGCAGGAACUCAACCAUCGACAGAAGAUGGUGAUAUUUUACUGCGUGAUGUGCGUGGAGAACUGGGUGCUGGUGUGCGCGUGGUGGUGGUCGGGGCGCGCCGCCCGCCCCGCGCCCGCCGCCGCAGCCGCCGCCGCCGCCUUCUGCGCCGGCCUCGCCUUCAUGCUGCUCUACUACAGAUAUUUCCACGUGCGACGCCUCGGCUACAUGCUGGGGGAGAACCGGCAGGGCACCAACAGCACCAACGCAUCCAACAACAAGAACGGUGAUACCUCUACCCCAACAGAGAACGCGGCCAUACCCGGCGUCUUCAACUGCCGCUUCUCCAACCCGGUUAAUAACAGCGCAGCAAACGGUCGUAAGAAAAAGAAGCCGACAACGUUCGUGCCGCCCCCCGCCGCGCCCACCGCUGGCGGGGCGACAAGCGGAGCGGGCAAGAAGGCGGAGCAGCGCAAGAUGCAGCGCUGCCGCACGCCGGAGAUCCUGCUGGCGCCGCACUACCUCGAGACCUGCACCAGGCCAGUCUGCUGCCACUGGAGCGCGCCGUACACUAACAGGAAAAAGGAGGAGGUAGUAGUCCCGGGGGCGGGGCUGGGCAGCAGCGGGGAGGAGUCGGGGGCGGACGCGGCGCGCGACACGCCACGCCCACCUAGCGACAUCGACAGCCAGAUUUCCUUACCACGAUCGUACACACUACCGCGGGAAUUCCGCUACUGGCGACGUCGGCCGCGUCUUCGGGACGCACAUCUACCCAGCAACAACAGCAGUGAUGGCGACGUGGACAGCGGCGACAACAGCUCGCGCCAGUCGGAGUGCUCCGGCGGCUCGCAGCCGGCGGCGGGCGUGCGGCCGGAGCGCGCGCCGGACCGCCGCAGACGACCGCACGCGCGCCACAAGCCCGAGACUGACCUAUGAUACUCUAUGCAAACACAAACGAAUUAAAAACCUUUUUUUUAUGAAGUAUUCAUCCAUUAUUGUUUUUAAAUGAUUUUUCUGAUCAGAUGUUUGAAAAAUCUGCACCGAUAUUUCCGUCCAUAUACGAUUGUUAUCGGAAGUUUUAUACCGUUCUCUACUAAAGAGAAUGGCAAGGUUGACAUUUUUUUUUGUAUAGUUGACUACAAGUAUAUCAAGCUCGUAAAGGAUAGUGAACUAUUAUGUUCUUGGUCAGGUUUGUCUAUAUUUUUGUAAGUAAAACAAUUGCAUCUUAUUUAAAUUGUGUAGAUACAUUUGAGGCUAGCACGAAAAUCUUUCACUUCAUAAAUGACUCGAUGUUACGAAUAUUUUUUCGUGCUAGCUUUUUAAGUAAAUAAAUUAAAAUAUCUAGACUUUACAUUUAAAUUAAUGGCUCAAUUAAUACUAAUUUAGAUAUCUAAGAAUCUCUUUGUAUGUCCAAAACUUGUACCUUUGAAUUAAUUUUGUAGCUAGACAAAAAAUUCAAUAUUAAUAAUUAACAU